ACUUUGGGCAACAAAAAGAAACAAAACUUUUUUCAAGUUACUAUAAUACAAACGUGCCCCUGCAAGAGAUAAAUAGGGUUUACUCUACUCGAUGCAGUGUCAAGAAACAACCGACGCACGCAUGGAGAAGAAGAAGAAGACACUACCAUCUCUUCCUGAAGAACUGAUAAUCCAAAUCCUACUAAGGUUACCGGUGAAGUCUCUUAUUUGUUUCAAAUGCGUUUGUAAGUCAUGGCUUUCUCUUAUCUCAGAUCCCCAUUUUGCAAAUUCACAUUUUGAAAUUACCGCCGCAACACCCACUCGUAGAGUUCUGUUCAUAGUACAAUCUCGAUAUGUUGAAACUGAAUCUAUAGAUUUAGAAGCAUCACUUAAUAGUCAUUCUUCUUCUACUUCACUGUACUUUAAUUUUAUGUUUUACGAAUCUGGUUAUGAUCUUGAAAUUAAAGGUUCGUGUAGAGGUUUUAUACUUUUGCACGGUUAUUUCAACAUUUACCUUUGGAAUCCAUCCACUGGACUUCACAAAAAAUUACCUUUGUCACCUUAUGAUGGUUCCAAAUCAAAUAGAGAUCAUUUCUAUGGUUUUGGGUAUGACCCGUCACUAGAUGAUUACUUUUUGGUUUCAUUGUCCAAUGAUCAAAAGUUAGCUAAAACCAAACAUUUGGAGUUUUUCUCAUUGAGAGCUAAUACGUGGAAAGAAAUUGAGGGUAAUUUCCCAUAUAUCAAUGGCUCUGAUGAAAAUCCCAAAAAAAUUGGGUCCUUCUUUAACGGGGCUAUUCAUUGGUAUGCUUUUCGUCAUGAUUUACGAUAUGAUGUUAUUAUUGCUUUUGAUUUAAUGGAAGAGAAACUUUUAGAGAUGCGCUUGCCGGAUGAUGUUGACUAUGAAUCUAAAAAUUGUGAUUUAUGGGUAUUUGGAGAAUAUCUCAGUCUAUGGGUUAUGGAUUUUGAUACUUAUGCAAUUGAAAUAUGGGUGAUGAAAGAAUACAAAGUGCAUUCGUCUUGGACUAAAACCCUUGUUCUGGCUAUUGAUGGCAGUGGCAUUCACUUCCACUACUUUUCCCUAAUAUGUUCUACAAAAAGUGGUGAUAUCAUUGGAUCAGAUAAUGGUAAAAGAUUGGUGAAGUAUAAUGAUAGAGGAGAGUUGCUAGAGUAUCUCCCCUAUUCUUACAGUCACGUUGGAUAUCAAACGGUUAUGUAUACAGAAUCGCUGCUUUCACUCCCUGGUGAUAAUGAGCAAGCUUAAGAAGAUGACACAAACAAGAAGAAGAAUGAGGGUAAUAUGUGUUUGGUGGCUGCAUUUGUAAUAAGAGUCCAGUAUCCCAUGAACUGAUUAUCGGUUCUGCAAUAUUCUCCUUCAGUAUGCUCUUGAUAUUUAUCUGGAAUUAUGAAUUAUUGGGUAGCUUCUUUUGCAGGGUAAUGUGUUUGACUGCAUUUGUAAUAUGAGUCCAGUAUGCCAGAUGAACUAAUGUAAUAUGCCAUGAAUUGCUUAUUGGUAAAACAUUUGUAUUAUGUUUGUUGAAAAUGUUUAACAGCUUUGUUGUUUGAUUCA